UGGCUGGGCGUCUGCAGCGCCUGGGUGUUUGUGCUGGUGGUGGUGGGCGGCAUCACGCGCCUCACCCGCUCCGGCCUGUCCAUGACCUCCUGGAAGUUCACGGGGGAGAAGCCGCCCAGCACAGAGGCGGAGUGGGAGGAGGAGUUUGGGCGGUACCGUGCCACGCCCGAGUACCUGCGCACCAACCAGGGCAUGACCGUGGAUGAGUUCAAGUUCAUCUACUUUUGGGAGUGGGGCCACCGCAUGUGGGGGCGCGCCCUGGGCCUGGUUGUGGCGCUGCCUGCCGCCUACUUUGCGUCUCGCGGCAUGAUCAACCGCCCGCUGGGCCGCCGCCUUUCGCUGCUGUUCCUCAUGGGGGGCAUGCAGGGCCUGGUGGGGUGGUGGAUGGUGCGCAGCGGCUUCCGGGAACCUGAGGAGAAUGAGGUGCCGCGCGUGAGCACGUACCGCAUGGCGGGCCACCUGGCCUCCGCCUUUGCCAUCUACAGCACCCUGGUGUGGACCACGCUCAGCGUGGCGGUACCGCUGCCGCCCGUGGUGGCUGCGGGGCCAGAAGCCGCGCACGCCGCGCGCCUGCUGGCGCGCUGGGCCCACCCGCUGGCGGCCGUCAUCGGCAUCACCGCCAUGAGCGGCUGCUUUGUGGCCGGGAAGGAUGCUGGGCGCGCCUACAACACCUGGCCCGACAUGAACGGCGAGUGGAUACCUUCAGAGUACUGGAGCGAGCGGCUGCCGGCCCUGCGCAACCUGUUUGAGAACACGGCGGCUGUGCAGUUCAACCACCGCAUGCUGGCAUACACCAGCCUGGCGGGCGUGGUGGGCAUGUGGCGCUACGGCUCCCAGCUGCCCGCCCUGCCCAGGGCGGCCCGCCUCUGCCUGCACGCGCUGGCUGCCGCCACCGCCGGACAGGUGGCCCUGGGCAUCACCACCCUGCUCACCUAUGUGCCCGUGUCGCUGGGAGCCGCCCACCAGGGCGGCGCCAUGGUGCUGUUCACGCUCAUGCUGGGCCUGCUCUACUCCAUCAAGCCCGCCCCCUCGCUGGGCACAUUCAAGUGA